UGAACAAAUCUCAUCUAUAAAAUCAUCCCACCUCUCCACCACAUUUGUUCUCACUACCAAUCAAAAAAUAAUCUAGUCUUAAACUCACUCUAAACAAGCUCACAUUUUCAAGAGUUAAAACGUAAAAUGGACAAGAAUGUCAGCGCAAAAGCUAGUUCGGUAGCUCAGAGCAGCGGUUCAAGCAGUGGCACUGCUCCUGGUGCAGGCAAUAUGGUUGCGCCCGGUUCUGGAGGUUCUGCGCAGAUCCCUAGAGCUGCUUUUGAGGCCAACUCUAAGGCUUAUUUUGACAAUCUUCAUGCCAAGGAGAAGGCAAAUAAGUGAAAAGAGUGUUUUAGUUGUGCUUAAAGACAUAAACACUUGUUUGUUUAUGCUCCUACGAAUAAUCGUUAUCUUUAAAUAAAUGAUAAUUAUCUCUUUUUAUG